AUCGUUCCUUCAACCAUUCGAGCGAGGGAGAGAGUGACUGAGUUGAUUUGCAGGAGAGGGAAGGUUGGCGAGUCAUUGCGUGGUGGGCUUCUUCUUAGACAGUGGUUGCCAUGGCCUUCCGCGCAGUAACCGCAGCAGCAGUACCUCCAACUAUAGCUUCUUUCCAGCCAUCCAAGCCCUCCUCCACUCCCUCCAUCCACCCCAGCAUCAACACUGCUACUCCCAUUCUCCACCGGUCCAACAAAUUCUCGAAGUUAGCUGCCAUCUCUGCAUCAUCUCACGCUCUUCUUGCCGCUGUUUCUGUACCCAAUGCUAUUGCACUCACGAAGGACGACAUUGUAACUUCCCUCACCAAGGUGGAGAAUGCAGUGGAGCAAGCGCAGGAGACUGCUUCGACGGCAAUUACGGUGUCGAAGGAUCUUGUCGAUGGUUUCCUAAAGAUUGUUAAGCCAGGGGUUGAUGUAGCCCUUCCUUUGAUUCAGAAGGCCAGUGAUGAGGCAAUCCGAAUAGCUUCACCUGCCAUUUCUGAAGCCGCAAAGCAGGCUGGCUCCGCUUUGCAGGAUGCUGGUUUUGAUCCAGAGCCAGUUCUCAGUGCGGCCAAGACCAUGGCUGAAACUGCUGGCGAUGCAGCAGAACAAACAGGCCAAGUUCUUGAGCAGGUAAAACCCAUUGCUUCCACAACGGUGGAGACACUGUCUUCAUCUGAUCCAACAACAAUCGUAGCAGCGGCUGGAGCUGUCCUUCUCACAUCCUUCAUUCUUCCUCCAAUUGGGUCUGCAAUUUCAUACAGUCUUCGUGGUUAUAAAGGUGACCUCAGUCCUGCUCAAGCACUUGAUCUCGUCUGCUCACAAGAUCAUCUUCUGAUAGACAUACGCUCAGAGAAGGACAAAAACAAAGCUGGAAUUCCUCGCUUACCAUCUAGUGCUAAGAACAAACUCAUCUCUGUACCUUUGGAAGAACUUCCAAGUAAUAUUCGAAACAUUGUGAGAAAUUCAAAGAAGGUGGAAGCUGAAAUAGCUGCUCUAAAGAUCUCAUAUCUCAAACGAGUUAACAAAGGAUCAAACAUUGUGAUCAUGGACUCGUAUUCUGACAAUUCGAAAGCCGUGGCAAAAUUGUUAACUGGGCUCGGUUUCAAGAACUGUUGGGUCCUGGCUGAUGGAUUCUCUGGUAGUAGAGGAUGGCUGCAAAGCCGCCUUGGAACAGACUCAUACAACCUCUCUUUUGCUGAAGUCUUGUCUCCAUCAAGGGUGAUUCCUGCUGCAGUCAGAAAUUUUGGUACCGUGAGCUUGAGAUCCCAAACAGCUGGAAAGCUUCUCCCUGGUGGUGUGGAAGAUUGAGAAGUUCUUAUAUGAAGAAUCUAUUGCAGAACAAUCUGUAUUCAUUGUGAGUGAAAAUAAUUUCAAGGUUUUUGAGUCGCAUCUCUUCGAGAGUACUCUUUCAAAUCCCUAGAGGCAAUGCACACAUGGAAACAAUGUUUAACAUUGGCUCUGAAGAUUGUUUCAGCAAUAUCUGUUAUACGAACUUACUUUCCUUUGAAAUUCA